AAGUUGACUAUGGCGGAUCAUUAUUCUACACGAAUUAUCGGUUCAAGGAGGAAAUAUCAACCGAGUUACUCCAGAUAUCAGGAACUAGAAAGUGUUGGAUCAGAGGAAGAUUCAGUUGAGGACCUCCCUCUGGCCAUGGGAGAGGACGGUUUCGACAACGAGAAUGAGUCAUUGACUCGACGAGGCACCCACAGGCAGGACCCUUUAACACGUUUUUUCUGCAACAUUAACAAUGCCUGUUCAAGUUGUUGUGCAUCAUUCAAACUGAGAUGUAAACCAGAGAAAGAGCUGUUUCCCCGGACAGUAUGGCUUGGCAAGCCAGGUCCACAGCAAGAGAAAUAUCCCCCCAACAAGAUCUGCAAUCAGAAAUACAAUAUCUUCACAUUUAUACCUCUGGCCCUGUACUACCAGUUCAAGUUGUUUCUCAAUCUCUACUUCUUGCUGAUGGCUUUAUCUCAGUUGAUACCUUCACUUAGAAUAGGAUAUCUCUACACCUAUUGGGCUCCAUUGGGUUUUGUCAUCUUUGUGACGAUGUGUCGCGAGGCUCUUGACGAUUUCAGACGGUACAGAAGAGAUCGUGAGGUGAACAUGCAGCAGUAUUACAAACUGACUAGAACGGGAUUAGUGAAGGUACCAAGCUCAGAGUUACAGGUCUCAGAUCUUAUUGUUGUAGAAAAGAACCAGCGAGUUCCUGCAGAUCUUGUUUUACUGAGAACAACAGAAAGGAAUGGAGCAUGUUUUAUACGCACAGACCAGUUGGAUGGGGAAACUGACUGGAAACUUAGACUAGCAGUACCGAGCUGUCAAAGGUUAAACAAAGAUGAGGAUCUGCUGAGCUAUAAUGGCAAUGUAUACGCAGAGAAGCCUCAGAAAGAUAUCCACAGUUUUGUGGGAACAUUUACGGUGCUAGAAGAAGGUGUUUCAACGCAAGAUGCUCUGGGUAUUGAGAAUACAUUAUGGGCAAACACCGUUGUUGCGUCAGGUAGGGCACUGGGAGUUGUCAUCUACACUGGAACAGAGACGAGGGCUGUCAUGAAUACGUCCAGUCCUAGGGUCAAGUAUGGUAUCACUGACCUUGAGGUCAACAACCAGACAAAAGUGCUCUUCCUCCUGACCUUGGCACUGGCCGUCACCAUGAUCAUCUUGAAGGGAUUCCAAGGUCCAUGGCUGAGAUACUUCAUCAGAUAUGUGCUUUUAUUUUCUUCUAUUAUUCCUCUCAGUUUACGAGUAAACCUUGACAUGGCGAAGAUCGUCUACUCCUUUGUCAUCAUGAGGGAUUCUGACAUUCCUGGUACCGUAGUUAGAUCAACGACCAUUCCUGAAGAGCUGGGGCGGAUCACAUACCUUCUGUCUGAUAAGACUGGAACACUCACACAGAAUGAGAUGGUCUUCAAGAAAUUGCAUCUAGGUACAGUAUCCUUUGGCAAUGACAGUCUGGAUGAUAUCAAGACACACCUACUCUCUGCGUACUCUCAGAGUAACCAUGCAGGAUCGUCAAAGACCACACCCGCACGCAAAUCAACGGUCAGGCGGACCGUCGUCACCAGGGUGUUUGAGUCGGUUAGGGCGCUGGCGUUGUGUCAUAAUGUGACACCGGUUGAGGAAGAGGAUGCUGAAAGGUUGGUGAUCAAUGAUGGAGAUCAGGAGGCUCGAAUCGUCUAUCAAGCAUCAAGUCCAGAUGAGGUUGCUUUGGUAACCUGGACAGAAACUGUGAACCUAACCCUUGUGAGACGAGACCUCAACUCCAUGCUCCUUCGGAACCCUACAGGAGAUUUGGAUGAGUAUACCAUCCUUCAGAUCUUUCCUUUCACCUCAGAGACCAAGAGAAUGGGGAUCAUCGUCAAGGAGGAGAAAUCUGGUCAGAUCAUAUUCUUCAUGAAAGGAGCUGACACGGUGAUGAGCUCCAUAGUGCAAUACAAUGACUGGCUGGAAGAAGAGAGUGGUAACAUGGCAAGAGAAGGAUUGAGAACUCUUGUGGUAGGAAAGAGGGUCCUUACAGAAGAACAGUAUGCAGAUUUUGAGAAUCGAUACACCCAGGCCAAGCUGAGUGUAACGGAGAGAGCAUCGAAGGUAGCGGCAGUAGUGGAGAGUAUAGAGAGAGACCUUGAGCUCCUGUGUCUUACAGGUGUGGAAGAUAAAUUACAACAAGAUGUUCGCCCAACGCUAGAGAUGCUUAGGAAUGCUGGUAUUAAGAUUUGGAUGUUAACGGGAGACAAGCUAGAGACGGCCUGCUGUAUAGCCAAGAGUGCUAAGCUGGUGUCAACAAGACAAGCUCUGUUUGUCUUCAAGAAAGUCAGCAACCGUUCAGAAGCCCAUUCAGAGCUAAACUCCUUCAGAAGAAAGAGUGAUUGUGCCCUUGUUAUCAUGGGGGAGUCAUUAGAUGUUUGCCUCAAGUUCUAUGAACAUGAAUUCAUUGAGCUUGCUUGCCAGUGCCCUGCAGUUGUAGUGUGUAGAUGCUCACCAACCCAGAAAGCUGACAUAGUCAACCUUCUCAAAACACAUACAGGGAAGAGAACAUGUGCAAUAGGUGAUGGAGGAAAUGAUGUCAGCAUGAUUCAAGCAGCCAAUGCUGGGGUUGGUCUAAUUGGAAAGGAGGGAAAGCAAGCCUCCCUGGCCGCUGACUUCUCUCUGACUCAGUUCCGUUACCUAGGACGACUCCUCAUGGUCCAUGGUCGUAACAACUAUAAGAGCUCCGCCUCUUUGAGUCACUUUGUGAUGCAUCGUGGGUUGAUCAUCUCUACCAUGCAGGUCGUCUUCUCAUCGCUCUUCUACUUCUCCUCUGUAGCUCUCUACCAGGGCGUGCUUUCUGUAGGGUAUGUAACAGCAUACACAAUGUUCCCUGUUUUCCUGUUAGUAAUAGACAAAGAUGUAACACCAGAAACAGCCAUCAAAUACCCAGAGCUUUAUAAAGACUUGCAGAAGGGUCGGAUGUUGUCCUGGAAGAUGUUCUUUGUUUGGAUCCUAAUCAGCGUUUACCAGGGUGGUAUCAUCAUGUACGGCGCCCUCUGGUUGUUCGAAGGAGAGUUCCUUCAUAUCAUCUCCAUCACGUUCACCGCCCUCAUCAUCACCGAGCUCCUCAUGGUUGCGUUGACCAUCAGGACGUGGCACUGGACGAUGGUCAUCGCAGAGAUCCUCAGUAUCGUCAUCUACAUCGCUUCCAUGUUCAUCUUCACAGGAUACUUUGAUCGGGAUUUCAUUACCACCUUCACAUUUUGGUGGAAAGUUGUGGUCAUCACGCUUGUCAGCAAUGUGCCUCUCUAUAUCCUCAAGUUCCUACGAAGACGCUUCAGCCCUCCCAGCUAUUCCAAGCUAUCAGAAUAGGUACUUAUCUCCUCACACCAAAUACAUGUAUAUAGUGCUAUUUUUUAUCCUCAACUUCGUACCGACGACUCGGCCUUCCCAGUCACUCCAAACCUGGAAAGCAGAGAAUUUACAAACACCUUACCUAAGGAGUGGACUACAUUCUCAUUUUUGUCAAGUAUCCUGUAGUCUGGACCUUGCUCCAUCCCGACUGGUUACUGACACCAAAUUCCAUGGAUGGGACUGCAAUGUUGGAUCACAGAAAUAUUCACCCCAAUGAAAGCUUGCCUGUCCUUAAAUCACAUUGAGUUGAAAAUCAAAGCAUUUAUGCAUGUCAAUGCUCCUGUAGUUAUAUUAUAUUUAUGUUUGUACAUUUUAAGUGAACUCCCAAACUUAUUUCAUCUGCAAGGUGCAAUUUAGUUUGCUAUUCAAGUGAUUCAUAUGUUGUAUGUGCAUAUAAUGCUGUUAAAAUGUCUCCCUUUGUCCUAUUAAAUAGAAAGCAAAAAAAGACUGUCUUUCAAUUUAUUUCAGUGUCCUUGAGUUUGGUAACCUAUAUAGAUUUUCCUCCCAACCGUUCCCUUUCCAGCUAUUCUGACUUUCUUUAUCUUAAUUCAUAAUUAUAUUGGUAUUCAAAACAGUGCAAUCUUCUCAUAAUAUUCAUUGGAUACAAAUAUACAAGUUCAUACACUUUGUGGAUUGAAAUUUUGCUUAUCUGAUAUAGUAAUAUACAAACAGAUUUAUAUAUAUUUUGACUAAUGAUGAUAUGCAUGGUACAUGUAUAUUCAAGGAAAUUUGAAUUAAUGGUUGAUUUCUAUGAAUUGGAUGCCUCUAAUAUACCAAAGCUUGUUAAAUAGUAAUUGUCUUUUCUAAAUUUAACGAAUAGUUUUGAACCUAAUUUGGACUCCAAUAUCAAUUAACAGUGAUCGACAUGCUAUUUCAAAGCAGAUGUGUACAUUUACUUGUGGACCAAAAUGAAUUGAAACCUUUGUGUGGAAUAAUGCUGAAGAAAGUGAAUUUUUGUUUGUACUGUCAUACACCAGUUUUUAUACAACAAUGAUUUGUUUGGGUUUUUUUUUCUUAGGCUACAGGGUUCUUGAUUAUAAAAAGCAUAUUUUCUUCCAAGUUACUAGUUAUAAUUACACAAAAUCUGUGAAUCCUGCAGGAAAGGUCACAAUGCC